ACUUCGACAAAGGCCUCUACGAGGCUGAAGUAGACGAAAAUGAGGAUAUCCAGCACACGGUCCUCACUGUCACCGCCAAAGAUCACGACGAGUCCUCGCGUAUUCGAUACGAGAUUACGAGCGGUAACGUAGGCGGUGCAUUCGCCGUGAAGAAUAUGACUGGCGCCAUUUACGUCGCAGGUGCAUUAGAUUACGAGACAAGGAAAAGGUAUGAGCUCCGCCUCACCGCGUCUGAUAACUUGAAAGAGAACCACACGACGGUCGUGAUACACGUGAAGGAUGUAAACGAUAAUCCGCCUGUCUUCGAGCGUCCAAAUUACAGGACACAGAUCACCGAAGAGGACGACAGGACUUUGCCAAAACGUGUCCUUGGGGUCACAGCGACCGAUGGUGACAAGGAUAGGCCACAGAACAUUGUCUACUUCUUAACUGGUCAAGGUAUCGAUCCUGAUAAUCCAGCGAACAGCAAAUUCGAUAUUAACCGCACCAGCGGCGAAAUUUACGUUCUAAAGCCACUGGACAGGGAUCAGCCAAGUGGAAGGCCGCAGUGGCGAUUCACUGUGUUUGCUCAAGAUGAAGGCGGAGAAGGUUUGGUCGGCUACGCUGACGUUCAGGUGAACCUCAAGGAUAUCAACGACAAUGCGCCGGCGUUCCUUCCGAAAAUUUAUUUCGGGAACGUGACGGAAAAUGGGACGGCAGGAAUGGUGGUGAUGACUAUGACAGCGAUCGACUACGACGAUCCAAACGAGGGCGUAAACGCUAAGCUGCUUUACUCCAUAGAGAAGAACGUUAUCGAGGAGGAAACUGGCUCGCCAAUUUUCGCUAUCGAACAGGAAACCGGUGUGAUAAAAACGGCAGUAUGCUGUUUGGACAGGGAACGUACGCCGGAUUAUUCUAUUCAAGUGGUUGCGGUGGACGGAGGAGGGCUGAAAGGAACGGGGACGGCGUCUAUACGAGUGAAGGAUAUAAACGAUAUGCCUCCGCAAUUUACAAAAGAGGAAUGGUUCACCGAGGUAGACGAAACUGAAGGACCAGAUUUGCCGGAAAUGCCAAUUCUUACGGUCACCGUACACGACGAGGAUGAAACAAAUAAAUUUCAAUACAAGGUGAUCGAUCACAGCGGUUAUGGUGCGGACAAAUUCACCAUGGUAAGAAACAACGAUGGCACGGGAUCCCUGAAGAUCGUACAGUCGUUGGAUUACGAGGACCAACUGCAGAGCAACGGUUUUAGAUUUAGGAUACAAGUCAACGACAAGGGUGAAGACAACGACAACGAUAAGUAUCACGUUGCCUAUUCCUGGGUGGUCGUGAAGCUCCGUGAUAUAAACGAUAAUCAGCCUCAGUUCGAGAAAGCAAAUAUCGAGACCACAGUGGCGGAAAAUGCAUAUAUUGGAAACAGCCUUGAAACGUUCACAGCGACCGAUCCUGAUCAAGGUGGCAAGAGCAAAGUGUAUUACUCGAUUGACAGAAGCUCCGAUCGUAAGAGGCAAUUCUCGAUCAACGAAAAUGGCACUGUGUCGAUCCAGAGGAGUCUCGACCGCGAGGAAACCCCCAGACAUCAGGUGAAAAUCUUGGCCAUCGACGACGGUAUCCCGCCAAAAACCGCGACAGCCACGCUGACGGUAAUCGUGCACGACAUAAACGACAAUCCGCCGCGAUUCCUCAAGGAUUAUCGACCGGUGCUGCAGGAACAUUUGCAACAGAAAAAAGUGGUGGAGAUCUUGGCAACGGACGACGACGAUAGAUCGAAGAGCAAUGGCCCACCGUUCACUUUCAGAAUGGAUCCAAAGGCGGACGACGUGAUUCGUGCCAGUUUCAAAGUUGAGAGCGAUAGCAAGGGGGCGAAUGGGGAUGGCAUGGCCAUUGUGUCGUCGUUACUAUCAUUUAAUAGAGAACAACAAAAGGAGUACUUGAUACCGAUCGUUAUCAAGGACGCCGGGACUCCGUCGAUGUCUGGAACGAGUACUUUAACGGUUAUUAUCGGGGACAUUAAUGACAACAAGAUGCAGCCUGGAUCGAAAGACAUUUUUGUAUAUAAUUAUGCAGGACAAUCACCGGACACAGAAGUAGGCAGAGUGUACGUCUACGAUUUAGACGAUUGGGACUUGCCGGAUAAAAAGUUCUACUGGGAAAGUUUAGAACACGCUCAGUUUAAGCUAGACGAGGACACCGGUAUGAUUUAUAUGAAAUCAGGCACUCACGACGGUAAAUACCAUCUACGUUUCAAAGUGUACGAUCGGAAGCACACGCAAACAGACGUUCCAGCGAAUGUGACUGUUACCGUGAAAACAAUUCCUCACGAAGCUGUAUUAAAUUCUGGAUCAGUUCGAAUAUCCGGUAUAACGGAUGAAGAUUUCAUUCGUGUUUGGGACUACAAGUCGCAAACUUUGUCACGUAGUAAAGCGGAAUUGUUUAGAGAUAAAUUGGCUCAUCUGUUAAAUAUCGAUAGAGAAAAUAUAGACGUGUUUAGCGUGCAAUUGCGUAGAAUGCAUCCACCGUUAACAGAUAUCAGAUUCGCAGCUCAUGGGUCUCCCUAUUAUAAGCCUGUCAGGCUGAAUGGAAUUGUGCUGAUGCAUCGCGAAGAGAUCGAGAAAGAGGUCGGUAUCAACAUAACGAUGGUUGGCAUCGACGAGUGUUACUACGAGAACGAAGUGUGCGAGGGUAGUUGCACGAACACUUUGGACAUCAGCAGCUUACCAUACAUGGUGAAUGCGAACAAAACCGCGUUGGUUGGUGUACGGGUGGAUGUAAUCGCUGAAUGUACAUGCGGAGCUCGGAAUUUCAGCAAAGGAGAAUCUUGUAGAAGUAGCCCUUGCUACAACGGAGGUCGUUGCGUGGAAGGAAGAUUUGGAUUAUCAUGUCAGUGCCCUGCUGGAUACAACGGUCCAAGGUGUCAACAGACGGCAAGAAGUUUCCGUGGCAAUGGUUGGGCAUGGUAUCCUGCUCUAGAGAUGUGCGACAAUAGCCAUUUAAGCUUCGAGUUCAUUACUAAAAAGCCUGACGGUUUACUUUUGUACAAUGGUCCUAUUGUUCCUCCUGAGGCUGAUGAAGUAAUGGUUUCUGAUUUUAUAUCCGUUGAACUGGAACGUGGUAUACCCCGACUUCUGAUAGACUUCGGUUCCGGUACUUUGGAGCUGAAAGUGAAACCAAAACGAACACUGGACGACGGAGAAUGGCACAGACUUGACAUCUUUUGGAAUACGGAGUCCGUGAAACUGAUCAUCGACUACUGCAAGUCCGCGAACGUCUCGGAACCGGAAGACGGCACACCGCCACAGUUCAACGACACCAGCUGCCAAGCACAAGGCAUGAUACCACCUUUCAACGAAUACCUAAACGUGAACGCGCCGCUUCAAAUCGGUGGUUUAUACGUCGAGCAAUUCGACCCGACGCACUAUAAAUGGAAGCAUAUGCCAGUUGGCAAAGGUUUCGACGGUUGUAUCAAGAACCUUUUCCACAACAGCAAGCUUUACGACCUAGCUCAUCCUGGCCUGUCGAGGAAUAGCGUGGCUGGUUGUCCUCAGACCGAAGAAACUUGCAACAAUCAGGAAUCCACGUUAAGAUGCUGGGAACAUGGUACUUGCGUAGGAAGCUUCACAGAAGCCAGAUGUCAAUGUAAUCCAGGAUGGACUGGCCCAGGAUGCAUGACGCCCACUAUACCAACCUCGUUCAAAGAGCACAGUUACGUCAAAUACGCAUUAUCCUUCGAGCCAGAUAAAUAUUCUACUCAGGUACAACUGAGAUUCCGCACACGAGAGGUCCACGGUGAACUGUUCAGAGUUAGCGACCAGCAUAACAGGGAGUACGCGAUCUUAGAGAUCAAGGACAGCAGACUGCAUUUCCGCUACAACUUGAAUAACUUGAGGACCGAAGAACGCGACAUUUGGCUCACUGCAAUAGCGGUCGACGAUGGACAAUGGCACACGGUUCGAGUGUCGAGAUACGGAUCAGCUGCGACUUUGGAAUUAGACGGCGGUGAAGGAAGGAGAUUCAACGAGACCUUCUCUUUCGAGGGACCCCAAUGGCUGUUGGUUGACAAACAAGAAGGAGUGUUCGCGGGUGGCAAGGCUGAAUACACUGGUGUUAGGACAUUUGAGGUGUACGCAGAUUAUCAGAGAGGAUGUCUCGAUGACAUAAGAUUAGAGGGCAAGCAUCUUCCAUUACCGCCUGCUAUGAAUGGAACGCAAUGGGGUCAGGCAACCAUGGCCAGAAAUUUGGAAAGGAAUUGCCCGUCGAAUAAACCUUGCGCCGACGUCAUUUGUUCAGAGCCUUUCGAAUGUAUCGAUCUUUGGAACGCAUUCGAGUGCACGUGUGGAGAAGGAAGAAUUCGAUCGCCCGAUAACAAUGGAUGCAUGGAUAAAAACGAGUGCAUAGAUUAUCCAUGCUUGAACGGUGGCAGAUGCAUCAAUCAAGAUCCUCGUUUCCGGUACAGAUGUAUUUGUCCUGGUGGUUUCUGGGGAGAGAACUGCGAACUUGUACAAGAGGGACAAACGCUGAAACUUAGUAUGGGAGCCCUGGCAGCUAUUUUGGUCUGCCUUCUGAUUAUUCUUGUUCUUGUUCUAGUAUUUGUUGUGUAUAAUAGAAGAAGAGAAUCCCAUAUUAAGUAUCCUGGCCCUGACGAUGAUGUCAGAGAAAAUAUCAUCAACUACGAUGACGAGGGUGGCGGAGAAGAUGAUAUGACCGCAUUCGAUAUUACCCCACUUCAAAUUCCUAUUAGCGGCCCGAUACCGGAAAUGGGUGGAAAGUUGCCGCCAUGUAAAGUACCCUAUUCACUAGGACCAGAACCAAACGUGGGCAUCUUUAUAGAAGAUCACAAAAAGAGGGCUGAUAGUGAUCCAAAUGCACCACCGUUCGAUGACUUACGAAAUUACGCAUACGAGGGUGGCGGAAGUAUCGCAGGGUCAUUGUCAUCGUUAGCUUCCGGAACGGACGACGAGCAGCACGAGUAUGAGUACUUAGGCGCCUGGGGUCCAAGAUUCGACAAGCUAGCCGACAUGUACGGGCCGGCAGAGGAAAGCGAAGAGGAGGACUAAAGACACCACGAAGAAUCUCUGAGACCCGUACGCUCACAUGAUGUAUACACCUCCGGAAGAAUAGUGUUCACGUGAGCUCAAAUGUGAGAAAGAGGUAAAACCGUAGAGAGAGAGAGAGACUGUCCUCCAUGGAGAACGUGUGUAUUCGAACGAACUUUCCACGGUGAGAACGAAGAAAUGAGAAGCACCACGGAGAUGAAAUCGACGAAGAAACCAAACCGGAGUGGUGUUUUUACGUUAUUCGAGCAAAACAAAAAAUGAAAGAAAAGAAAAGAAACGUUCCGUUUCGUUUAUCGGGCACGUCUAUGUUUCCAACGCGGUGACGCCAUAUUUUCCACGAUGCGCGCACACGCGGAGCAAAAGAGACGAGGGUGUUCGUGCUGUAUGCGUGAUUAUGAGAGAA